UCUGAUCAUUAUGAAUAUUUUCAAAGAAUUCAUCUUGAUCAACCCAAUCCUAUUCAAAGUGGAACUUUUGUCAAGAGUAAAAUUUCUUCUGAAAUGGUUAAACCGAAAUUCCAGUUUAAAUAUUACGGUAAAAUAGUCAAUGGAUUGACAAUGAUUGAUUCUGGUUUAAUGGAAACUUUCGGAGACAAAUUAAUGGGACAAAUUAAAAUCUUUGAAAAGAUCUCCUUUGGAGACACACCUGAGAUUCUGAAUGAAAGUGAGUCGUUCUAUUAUUGAAUAAACAUGCUUUUCUCUUUCAAAUUUUUCACUAGUUAACUUGAUUAUACGCAAUGAUUGUAUUGGUUUGUGUGUUUCAGUGCUCGAACAUUCCUUCACAAUAUGUAGUCAUUACUGUCAGGUACAAAUGUAAAAUAAGACGAGGAUUCACUUCCAAACAAACACAAAUUGAUUGAUGAGAAAUAACUUAAAGUUACCAUUACGUAGGUUCCAGUCUAUCUGAACUAUAGUACAAAAGAUAUUACAAUGUCUCGAUAAAUCUCAGUAGAUUCAAUGAACCUAACUGACCACAUGCACAACAAUAAGUGAAUUCCUGCGUUAUGACAGAUUGUCUUAUUGAGAUAUAUGAACUACUAAAAUGUAUUUGAUGUCCUCCAUCUCUUUUCUGGCACUCACUUGAUCCAUAAAGGUUUAAUGUCGCUUAGUUGUUGUCUGCAGACCAUAGGAUAUUCAACACUUUCUAAAUUAUCGUAUUUGUAUGAGUAUGAAAUUUGAACUAAUGCCUUUCCCUGAAAUAGCGAAUCAAACGAACGACCAUGAAUAGUCCGUUACAACGAAAUGAUUUACUUAAAAUAGAACACCCAGGGUAUGAACUCAAGUAGAAUUUCUCAGUUCAACUUCAUCUAUUUCGGUGAUUCAGCACAAUUAUUGACGUCGGAAUAACAUUUCUGAAUGAUAAUUAGCUUAAUUGAGAAUAAGCUGUUCUAUCGGAUUUAUAGAAGUUAUGAUGGUUUUACGCAACUGUUGCUGGUGGAAAGACUUGUUAAGUCCACGAAUUAAUCUUAAGUUCCUAGAACCAACGUUAUAAGAGUAAAAUAUUCUUCUCCAUUGUUUGAAUUGAAAAUGUUCAUUAUAAUUAACAAUCGUUCAAAUCGCAUCAUCAGGGUUCAUUGAUCAUUCAACUGCAUCCAUUUACUCAAAUCCUAAAGGGAAGAACAUGACAUAUGUUCAAACUCAUUCUAUGUUAAAAUGUAUGUUUAUUAUUAAAAGAGAUAGACAUUUAAUAUACAUAUCCGUAAAUACUCAUUUAAUAUUCAUUUUAUCAGCCGAAUUAUUCGCUGUCAAAUGGUCUCUUCAGGAGAAUACAAAUUCUGGUGGUAAGUAAAAUCAAUUGCAAAGAAUCAUUUUCAUUGACAAACUCAAACAGAACUUGAUGAGAGGACUGUUAUGAGUAGGCAACCGAGAGCAGAGAUUGAUACAUGGUGAGCGACAACACAGAAGUGAUGUGUGUGACAAAGUGAAUUUGGCUUCUCAAUAAAAUGCACAAAUACUUUUUCGUGUAUCCAACACAAUAAUUCUCAGUAAACACAUACAUUUCUUACCCAAUCAAAUGCACUUGUCCUUCAGGUCACUUAUGAUUGUCAUCGGUAUAGCUCCUCACUAGGCUACUUCUCAUUGACUAUCCACAUCAGGUUGAUUGAUCUUCAGUGAGAAACAGAAAUUAUUGCGUGAAUGUGAAUAUAUAUCUAUCUCGCAGAGUAUUAGAUCUGAUUGAAAAGCUCAUGAUUCAUUGUUUCAAUGUAAAAAUGACGGAUUGAUUCACAUUUGAGAACUAGAUAUCUUACAGUCAUUUUGAAGGAUACAUCUUCCUUUCAUUGACAUCACGUUCACUUGAAUGUGUUCAUUAUGACUUGAAGUAAACAGAUCUGAUCACAUAAUGAGUUGGUAUAUACAAUUUUGAAUGCAACAAUAACAUGUUUAUUAAUUGUUCUUCAUAUUCUGUGUAACGAUGAUGUUCAUUUGGUAGAUGAAACAGGUCAAGUAACUUAUCUGAUAUAUCCGAAUGGGAAGAUGUCUAUUUACUUUGAGAAUAUACCCAAGGAAAAUGAUGAAAGCAAUUUACAGUCGUGGAUUGAUUAUCGACACCAUUGUAUAGAUGAUACAACGAACAACUCUAUGUUCGAAUCGUACAAUCGAAUUAACAUUCCAGUACACUUGAUCAACCAUCGUACUUUGGUGGAGUUUGAACCGAAUACAGAAACCUGUUACAUUAAAGAUUCAAAAGAAACAUGUCUAUCUGCAUCUAAACCGAAUAUGACAUGUUAUUGGUGUUCAACAGCGAAUACAUGUACCAAUGGUCUUGAUACACAUAUUGAUCAUUGGAUGGAAAAUGAUUGUCAUCCCACUAAAUCAUAUGUUUACGUAUAUGUAAUAAUAGCAUUAGUUUCAUGUUUCGUGAUUGUAUGUGCUGGAUUUGUCAUAUGGUUUAAAUUAUUUAAAGGAAAAUAAAUGUAAUUUAUGUUCUACAGAAACAUUUACACAUAUGAAUAGAACUAUAUUUUGUAGUUCAUUUCACUAGUUUAGAUAUUAGUUUAUGCACUUUUCUAUGAUCAAUUAUGUAAUCAAUUAUGUAAUGUUGUUUUGCUGUUUUGUUUUGUUUGCUCUGUUUUGUUUUAAUCGAAUAUUAAACAUGGUUUUCAUUAUAUAUGUGAUUGUUUUCAUUUGAUCCAAAGUAAUUUGUGUUACACCGUUGGAUAUAGGUCGGGUCAGCGGUCUAGUGGGUUGAGUAUUUUGUGCACAAGGCUGAAGGUCCUAGGUUCAAAUUCCGCGAACAAGAUUGUGGAUGAGCACUGUUGAGGAGUCACACAAUAGGAGGAAAUAGUCGUUCAUUGUUUCCAGGUUUUCAAUGCUGGUCUAUCGUCAAUCGGUUCAUGAUCUCAAUCAAUAACUUAAUAAUAUACACAACCCUAUACUGAUAAUUACCAUGUGCUCACUAGUG